CCAGUGGAGGGGAGGUUGACAAAUCAAGAUGGCGACCUACGCUGAAGCAGGAAAGAGGUUUCAGUAUAAAUAAAACCGAAUCGGAGAUUAGCUUAAAUUGGAGUGGCAGCGCUAUAAGGCGUCGUUUGGAUUUUGAAAGAACAAGACGGAGCAGAUACUGACUCUAAAUGGCUGCGAGGAAGUCUGGCUCAGAUGCAUACAACAAUGGACCCAUCAGCUAUCUUGAUGAUGUUCCCUUCAAGAUAAAUGAUAAAUUCCUUUGUCCAGCCAAAGUGGGUCUGCCUGUUGGUUUCUCUCUGCCAGACUUUGGCUCUGCAUUGGCGGACACAAAGUAUGACUUUUCUCUCGAGAAACGUAGUGUGCGCUGGGGGGCAGAACUGGCUGAGGCCAGAGCGGCAGAAGCCAGAGCAGAAGAGGCUGCAGCCAAGCAGGAGGCAGAGAGCAGGAAGCAUUUGGCCAAGGCCCAGGAGGUUGAUGGUGGUGGAGGAAAGAAACCCCAGUCUGCUGCAGAGGACCAGGACCUUCCACCACCAGCGCUGAACCCUGUUCUUGCAGGGCUGAGCCAUAAUGCCAUCCUCACUCCACUGCCUGCUCCAAGCUUUGACCACCGGAACACCCAACCCAGCACUCCUCAGCUACACAGCCUCAAUUUAGCUGAUUUUGAGCGGGAAGAGGAUCCCUUUGACAAGCUGGAACUCAAAACUUUAGACGAUAAGGAGGAACUGAGAAACAUCCUCCAGAGUCAGCCUCAACCUCAAGCUCAACCUCAGCCUCAGCAUCCUCCUUCUGUUUCCCCACCAGAGAUUUCUCAGCUAGGGCCAACAUCACGUGGAAACAGCCCAUCCCCACCCAGCAUCAACACCAGCCUCUCAUCCAAACCAGGCUUUGCCCACAAACCCAACGGGUUGGUUGCCUUGCUAGACAUGGACAGAGUUGGGCAUCCUGGAAGAGCAGCAUUUGACACAGACGAUCGCCCUUGUAACAUUCGCUCUCUGACUUUCCCCAAGCUCUCUGAUUCUGGUGACCCAGAACCACUGAGGUACACUCCUCUCCCCACCACCGUUCCUGCUCCCCGACAGAACCUGCCCAAUGGCAGCCCACCAACCAUGCCCAAGGCCCAGGUUAUUGUUGCUCCUGAGCUAGCCAGCCACACCAAGAGUGGUACACCAAAGCCUGCCAUUCCAGGGUCAGGAUCUGCUGGUCUACCGUGUGGUGGAGCCCUCCUCAGCAUGACUCCCAGCGAGCGUCAGUGUGUGGAGACGCUUGUGGGCAUGGGCUACUCUUAUGAAGGUGUCCUGCGGGCCAUGCAAAGACAAGGGCAGAACGUGGAGCAGGUACUGGACUAUCUGUUUGUCCACGGUCGUCUGUGUGAACGUGGCUUUGAUGAAAGUGCAGUGGAGGAAUGUUUAGAGAUGUACCAGUGCUCAGAAGAAAAGGCAUUGCAGUUUCUUGAGCUGAUGUCAAGAUUUGGUGAAAUGGGAUUUGAGCGGGACACCAUCAAAGAGGUGCUGCUAGUCCACAACAACGAUCAGGACAAGGCUUUGGAGGACCUGAUGGCUCGUGCCACGGCUAGCUGAGCCUAGCCAGUCGGCUAACCAAAGCUCUACCCAGGGCAUGCCUCCCGCUACCACCCAACAGCCCCUUUCCUUCCACCCGCCCUAUCAUACCAUGCCCUGUCCUUGCCUUGGCUGUGGAAGGGACUGCUGGGAGACUGUUGUAUUUCUCUCUGUGCUAAACCGCAUUGUGUGUCAGCACUUCUUAAUGACUGUGCCUAGAGUGGAGGAGGUUAAACUGUAACCAUGCUUCUUGAGGGUGUUCCAGGAUUUGGUACUGCUAGGAUAUUCAUGAAUAGGAGGAAUGACUGAGCUGUGGCAUGUUGAUGCCAUUCUGAUUUGCUUCCACUUGGAAGUGUUUAUCUGACUGCAGGCAAAAAACAAAAAACUAAACUAAACGCAAAGCCGAAUGAGGAGGAGCUGGUGACAAACUCUGGGUGCAUCCACGAAUGACCAGUUUGAACUUUAGAAUCUCUAAAAAAAAAAAAUAAGCUGCCAUCUUCCACUGCUCACAGCAGACCUAGUAGACAGUGGAGGGGAUAGGUGGGCUUGUGGACGCUUUCUUCAAACAGAACAGUUUUACAUUAACAAAUAAAAACAAAAGAGAGGGGGAAAAAGCACAGACAGAGAACUGACUCACAAGGAGUGACCUCUGUGCUGGUGUGCCCACACCUGUUUCUGUUCUACUUUAUGCUUUCACUCAUUCUUGUUGGUUUUUACAGUUCAUUUUGGGCACUUUUCAUGUUGGUUUCAAAUUCAGUUUCUUUGCUUUCUGUUUUAGGAAUUGCAUUAAUAGAUCAUUUGUCAUCAUAAGUAUGAACACAAGAGUACUACUGCCCCAUUGUGCUCUUUGACCUGCACUGGAAAGCCUGCUUGAAGGAGUAGGAGAGGUGUAAGAAAUUGAGAAAUAUCCCAUGGUGUAUUGGCACUGAUGUGUCACAUACCGCACGGGCACACACCUUUCAUAAUUAUCAACUUAUUUAAAAUAGAACACUGACACUUUGAUUUAAAAAUAAAGAGGUUGAUAUAAUAAUGUAAGAUAUGUUAACUUGCAAAAGUGAUGGUUUUAACUUUCACUGGAAAACAGUGGGGGGGAGUUUAAAGAAAGACAGAAAUGUGAGGGUUGCUUUUGCAGCCACGUCACAGUGCAAUAGAGUCAUUUCAUAUUGUUUGACUUUUGACUUGGCACUUUGAGCCUCAAGUGAUUUUUGGGAGAGGAGAAAUGGUCUGCUGGCCUUGCUGGAAAUUUUACCGGAAAAGCUUUGAUUUUAGUGAUUUCUGUCAUUCACACACUGUUUUUUUUUGUUUGUUUGCUUUUUGGAUUUCAUACCACAAACGCAAACAAUACUUUGUUUCUUGGUUCACUGUUUUUUCCCUACGAGUAAGAUAUGUGUUCAUUCAGAUUUUAGUUUGGUCGACAUCUCCAUAGUCUUAAAUGGAACAUUUAAAUGAAAAAGUCAAAAACAUUUUCCACGAUGUCAGUUGGGUUGAAAUUGUUUAAAAGAAAUCCUGUUUUAUCUUUUAUAUACGUGGUAAUGGACCUGCUGAGUUCGGUAUUAAAAAAGUGUCUGGUUUGAUGGGGAUUGUGAAAUGCAUGGUAACAAUUAAGGGCUUAAUGUAAGCGAAGGGUGACUCAAAGAACUGAAACUUUGCUCGGACUAGCUCAAAUGAGAGGAGACCACUUCUAACCAUCAGUCUGUUUGGUUUGUUUUUUUGGUUUAUUUUGCCAGUAGGGAAAUUAUUUUACCCAUUUGAUUGAAGAUAUUAGUGACAAAUGUCUGAAAAAUACACGGUACCAUUCAAACCACAAAGAUGAACACGUUUGCAGUGAAUUCCCAAAGUGUUGCCUCUAUUGACACACAUUACAAAUUUACCCUACAGGGUUUAUUUUGGAGAAGUGGGGUGGUUAAAACUUUGCAUUAUUGGUUUCAGCAAGGCGUCACGUCAUCAUCCAGCCUUUUGAAACUGAAAUGUCAACAAGUAAGUUUCAGUUUUUUAUUUUUAACUUUUAAUUGCCUUCCUUUCUAUUUACCAAGCUAAAGAAGACAUACAAACACACAAGUGGUAUUAUAGUGUCCGUACUUGACUUUCGCGUGGCUUUGUUAAUUAUAGGUAAAGCUGGUGUCCACUUGCCUCUUCUCUGACAGCCCCACACCCUGGAGAGAUUAUAGAGAAAAAUCUAAUCUGAACUUCCAAUUGACCUUUGCUUUCAUUCUAACAUCGGAGUUGUGCAAGGAUGAAGCGCAACUGGUUUCUCAUUUAGGCGAUCAUACUUAAGCAUUUAUAUAUUUAAAUCUCCAUCAAUGAUCAGUCUCCAUCUAAUGAACAUUGAAAUAUUUUAAUAUUAUAAUAAAUGGUGGCUAAGUGUCUUUCCCAAAGUCCUACAAUGUGAUUCAGAAAAUGUUCAGUUUCCUCAUUAUCAUUUGGAAAUGAUUAAAUGUGCACAUCC